AACUGUGGUGACCUUGGUUGGUUGAUCAUCAUGGCGGCUCUCGUCAGGUUGAGUUCUGUGUGUCGCAGAGGAGUUAAACCUCUGUUCUACCAAAGUACUUUGCUAGCCAGGCCGCUAGCCGUACCGCACAAAUACCAGGAGCAACCCCAGCUGCUGACAGCGAGGAUUCAUUCAUCACAGGCUCUCUACGCGGGCGCUGACUCCAAAGCUGCCUCUUUGCACUGGACAGCAGAGCGAGUGUUGAGCAUCCUGCUGCUGGCCAUGGGCCCCGUAGCCUACUUUUCCCCUGGUCCUGUCAUUGACUACUCCCUGGCUGCUGCCCUGACCCUGCAUGGACACUGGGGGAUAGGGCAGGUGUUGACGGACUACGUUCAUGGGGACGCAAAAAUCAAGCUUGCCAAUGCAGGUCUCUUCCUCCUGUCCACUGUCACCUUCGCCGGUCUCUGCUACUUCAACUACAACGACGUGGGGAUCUGCAAAGCUGUCGCCCUUCUCUGGAGCAAAUGAACAUGACUAUGGACUGGGAAGCUCAGGAGAACGUACACACUGGGGCAGCAGCGAUCUUGUCCCGGCUGAUUGUAAAAAAAUUCAAGGCGUUAUUUGUAAAUUCUUAUAAAUAUAUCAUUUUGACGAUAUUGCAUUGAUUCAUAGAUGUGUAAUUGUUGUUAAUGUCGAUCACUUCAGGCUUGGUCUUUGUAUUAAGUUGGUUGGGCCACCAGCAUCCAUUUUCUCUUUGAAGAUCUCGGAGUGGCUUCUGUUUACGUUUCAUUGUGGACUAAAUGGAAGCUGCAGGGACAUGGGUGUUUUUAAGUAAACAGUAAUGACCUUGACUAGUCUUACAGAAUACUGCUGAAUGACAUCCUUUUUUUUUUUUUCUUGUUUCGGUCCUUCGCGUGGCUGAUUUCUUAAAUGUGUCUCGUUUCAGUCACAGGGUGUACAUACUACCUUUUACUCUGAAGCCCAUCAGGAGUAGCAGGGCAGACUGCAGUUUUGAGCAGCUGUUCCUGGGAGAUACCUCUGUGGAGAUCCACAGUCAUCCAAGUCACAGUAACUGUAAGUACUUCAGUCGAGGGCAACGGGACUUCUUGUUUUUGAAGACAUUUCACCUCUCAUCCAAGAGGCUUCCUGACUGACUAGUGGGGAGUUCCAGGAAGACAGCAGUGUCCACAUUCUGGACAGAUAGGACAGAUGGUUUCAGAGAGAGAGAGACAACCAUCUGCAAACAGAGGAGGGGGGUCUACCACACCACCUAGCAGGUACUUUAAACACAGUGAGAUCACCACCUUGAGCAGCCGGACUGGUGAGUGUUGGGUUACUAGCGGGCUGUGAGCCAUGUAAGUGGAGGUGAGAAUAAAUAUGUGGGACUCUGCACCAGUCAGCUGGAAUUGAGGAAGCCUUCUAGAUGAGAGGAGAAACCUCUUCUACUGAAGCUCUUAGAAUUUUCUAGGACAGUUGCGUCACCCUUCACACUAACUUGCAGUCGUUCACAGGGUCCACUUAAUGCGUUGUUUGUUUUGUCGUCACGGCACUCCUAGAUCUUGGCUGAAAGGAGCAAAUACUGCUAUCACGAUAAAGUCAGAGGUUCCAUUGUGAAACCUGUAACCUCCAGUCAUGUGCAGAGACCUGCAGGAAAUGGGAGAAGUCUGUGCUUGCUUGUACGAUUGUCUGUUAGUCCAAGAGCUCUGCUGUGCCGCUUUAUUGAAGGCUGAAUAAAGGUAAGGGAGGCUGGAUCUGAAGUGCAUCAUAAAUUCAAGCCAUGUAGAAAUAUUUACCCACCAAAUAUCCAGCAGAAAGGCUCAUGACAUCUGGCAGUACAUGAAUUCUCGUCAGCUAACUGGGUGUAAAAGUGUGCAAAAUACCGUCCUCUACAAGACAGUAAUGGUGACAUGAAUGCUUCUGUAAGAUAUCACGUUGUAUUGCACUUCAUAUAUGAAUUACAGUCUCCUACUGUGGGAGUAAGCUGCAAAUUAAAAGAAAAAAAAAAAGACACUUCUAAAUAUAAAUGUACAUUUAUUUUGAUCAUUUCCAAGUUUUGGGCUUUUUUUUUUCUUUCUCAAAGGCACACAAGACGGUGUGGCAGAUGUUACGGUGGAGUCAUGGAACGUUACCUUACAGCACAUACACAUUCACAGAGUCCUUGCAUGCAGCCUUAAGACCAGCAACUGUUUUGGUACUGCCGCAGCGAGACGUACAGGAGUUAAUUGUUGUCAAAUCUGACCUCUGGAUGUGUUGUCAUGAUGCUCAUGCAGUAAAUGUUUAUGAUUACAGCUUA